CACACCAAAUAACUGGUGGGCGUGUUGUUUUCUGCAGUGCAUCGGCUUUACGCACACGCUCUCUGAAAUUUGAAUCGAGUUUAAAAAGCCCCAACAGCAGCCACAAGUCAGGGAGCAACAGAUUCCUGUGUGUGAGCAUCAGGUAGCUCCAUAUACGGGUUGGAGAGGCACUUCACAGCCCCUCUGGCACUUUAUCUACAGGGCGCACAGAGGGGCAGUGCCAUGCACACUCCUGACAAUGUGCUGCUCCUGAGCGGAGAGAACCACUCUCUGGUUUUCAGUCUCACUCAUGACCUGACGAUGGGAACGUCUGGGAACGACACCGUCCACCCGAACGGAUCCGAUCCGUUUGCGAGAAACGAGGAGGUGGCCCAGAUCGAGAUACUGGUCCUGAGCAUCACCUUCGUGGUGGCUGUGAUUGGGAAUGUGAGUGUCCUGUUGGCGAUGUACAAUACCAAGAAGAAGAUGUCGCGGAUGCACCUUUUCAUCAAACACCUCAGCCUGGCUGAUCUGGUGGUCGCCUUCUUCCAGGUGCUGCCGCAGCUGUGCUGGGAAAUCACCUUCCGCUUCUACGGUCCAGACUUUCUGUGCAGGAUAGUGAAGCACCUCCAGGUGAUGGGGAUGUUUGCGUCCACCUACAUGAUGGUGAUGAUGACCCUGGACCGUUACAUCGCUAUCUGCCAUCCUCUGAAAACCCUCCAGCAGUCCACCCAGCGCUCAUACAUCAUGAUCAUCUCCACGUGGAUGUGCAGCCUGGUGCUCAGCACCCCUCAGUACUUCAUCUUCUCCCUCAGCGAGAUCAAGAACGGCUCCGACGUCUACGACUGCUGGGCGCACUUCAUCGAGCCCUGGGGAGCCAAGGCGUACAUCACCUGGAUAACGGUGGGCAUCUUCCUCGUGCCCGUGGUCAUUCUCAUGAUGUGCUACGGGUUCAUCUGCCACACUAUAUGGAAAAAUAUCAAAUAUAAGAAAAGGAAAACAACGGCUGGGGCUGCGAGCAAGAACGGAUUGAUUGGCAAGAAUUCAGUCAGCAGCGUCACAACUAUCUCAAGAGCCAAACUGAGGACCGUUAAAAUGACUUUUGUGAUAGUUCUGGCGUACAUCAUUUGCUGGGCACCGUUUUUCAUCGUGCAGAUGUGGUCUGUGUGGGAUGAAAACUUCCAGUGGGCUGAUUCUGAGAACACAGCAGUGACUCUGUCUGCACUCCUUGCCAGUCUCAACAGCUGCUGUAACCCUUGGAUAUACAUGAUCUUCAGCGGUCACCUCCUCCAGGAUUUUGUGCACUGCUUCUCCUGCUGCCGCAAAAUGAACGCUGACUUCAAGAAAGAGGACUCAGACAGCAGUCUGCGCAGGACAACGCUGCUGACUAAGAUAACCAAUCGGAGCCCAACGGGCAGCACUGGCAACUGGAGAGAGCUGGACAAUUCCCCCAAGUCCUCCAUUCAGGCAGAGUGAACACAUGUCUGGCAGUGGCAUUGAGACACACAUACAGUGCGAGCUCAUAUUUGCUUUGGACAUGACUGAUGGGUUCUGAAAAGUUCUCCAAGCCUAAAAAUUAAAAGAAAGUCAAGCCUUUUGCUUGGAAAACAUGAAUUAGUAAAAAAAUAAGAAGAAGAAGAAGAAGAAGGUUAAAAAUUUGUCAUGAACACACAAAACAUGAACACAUUAACUAUGGAUUUUUGGCUGGAUUCUAUGUGCCUAUGUGUUCUUUCUAACAUAACUUGAGCAAAAAUAUUACAGAAGCAUUCGUGCAUUCAUAAUUCUUUGAUAAAAUCAUGCAGGUGUCAAGUUCCUUAGAAUCCCAAAGUGAUUUCUUUUGAGUACUUUUAAGAACCAGGAAUCCAGAUGCUUUUCUUGAUGUUUCUGUCUCCCUGUAGAGCCGCCAAACGCCCUUUCCUGUCAGAGUGUUUUUAAUGAUAAAAUGUACAUAUAGCAGCCAGGAGGUCUAACAGCCCGCUCAUCUCUAAGUAACCAAGGCGCUCGCCUCGUCUUUUGUGUUUAGCUUUCCAUGGUGUUGUUUUGCUUAGAACCACAUUUUAGUGGCUUAUGUAAGUCGCAUUGAAACCUUUCCUUUGACCUACCACAAAAAAAAAAGUAAAAUAACAGAAGAAAAACUAAAGCAAUCAUAGAUGGAGGGUACAUUUAUCAUUUCAGUCCUUGCGUGUGUCCACAUUUUUAUAAUUUGUUCAAGACAUUGUUUCAUGGAGCAGCAGGCGGUCCUUUGUGAGGUUCACCAAAUAAUGGCUGCCAUUUCUUCUCAGCAGAGGUAAAUGGGAUUCCUUUCAGAACUAAGGGAAUAUUCACCUACACACACAUACACAAGAUGAGUGUCAGGGUGCUUUGAUGAAGUGAGGCUGACCGCUGCUGGAGGAGGCUACCUUCCCACAGGCUGUUCCCAGAACACUGCGGAGAAGCUCGCACAUUCCACACAGAACACGUCAAUACUCUUCCUGAUUUUUUUUCUGACAUCCUGCACCAUUGGGGGCUUUGUGUUGUGGCUUCAUUUGCACUCUAUACAAAAACAAUUUCCUGCACAGCACCAUAAUGGUUGUCAGACCACAAUGGGAUGCCUCAAAAGAACAUACAUAUUGUAUCAACAUCAUGUAUAUCGUAUCAAGACUGUAUAUAUAUAAAUAUAUAUAUUGUGUAUAUGUAGACUAUGUGUACUGUGUACUCCUAUAUGUACAUUUCUCUCCAAGUGUAUGGUGUAUUUGUACAUAAAGCAGCACUUAAAUAUCUGUAAAUAGAAGUAAUAUAUGUAAAUCUGUUCAAUAUGAGUUUUAUUUGUCUGUAAUGGCUCGUGCACAUUGAAAUGAAUCAGAAAAUUGUAUAAAUAUAUGUUGAAAUAUACAGAUUGAUGUAAAUACUA